AUGAUUGAAGUUCCAUUUAUAAUUUAUGCAGAUAUUGAAUCACUAUUAUUAUCGGAAACAACCAAUCAACUGGAUGAAUAUAAAAUACCCAAAGGAACCAUUCAAAAACACAUUGCGAAUAGUAUUGGAUACUUUUUUCACGCUCGAUUUGAUGAGAAUUUGUCGCAUUAUGAUGGAUUUUCGGGGCCUGACUGUGUAGAUCAAUUCAUUGAAAGAUUGCUAUUUUUGGCAGAGAAUGUUGUGUGGCCAAAAAUCCAUGAGAUCGAAGCAAUGUCUUUGUCUGAGGAAGAAGAAAACGAUUUUCAAGAUGCUGAUGUAUGCCAUAUUUGCAAAAAAGAAUUCUAUUUUAAAUCGAAUAUGUGGAAUAAAGUUCGCGAUCAUUGCCACUUAUCUGGUAGAUAUCGGGGAGCCUCUCAUUCAGAGUGUAAUUUGAAAUUUCAAAUAUCAAAGUCAGUUCCGGUUGUUUUUCAUAAUUUAGACUAUGAUUCGCAUUUCUUAAUUGAAAGACUAGCCAACGCUUUCCCGAGUAAAAUGUCGUUAAUUCCCAAAAACAGCGAACACUAUAUUUCAUUUUCAAAAGAGUUGCCUGAUUACAACGAUAACAAUAUAAAUAAUGUGUUCGAGAAGGAGAACGGGCAUAGUAAUUUUAAUGAUGUCACUAUUGCUUUUGAUGGACGCAAAAAGAAAGAGAAGCGUUAUCGUGAAAGAAUGAAAUUGAGAUUUAUUGAUUCAUAUCGGUUUUUGAAUUGUUCUCUGGCGCAACUCGCAAAAAAUUUGCCAUCGGAGAAAUUAAGUAUUACACGAAAACAAUGGGCAAACUUGACUGAACAAAAAAUGGGAUUGCUAACAAUGAAAGGUGUAUAUCCAUACACCUAUAUGGACUCGUGGGAUAAGUUCAACGAAACGAAAUUGCCGUCUCCAGAACAAUUCUAUGAUGAUUUAAAUGAGUGUGGAAUAAGCGAUGAACAGUAUAACCAUGCGCAAAACAUUUGGAAUUCAUUUAAUAUUCAUACGUUAAGGGAAUAUACUGACAUUUAUCUUAAAACUGAUGUGCUUUUAUUGGCUGAUGUAUUCGAGAAUUUUCGAAAUAAUUGCAUUAAACUGUAUGGCCUAGAUCCUGCGCAUUAUUACACUCUACCUGGCUACUCCUGGGAUUGUAUGCUAAAGUACACUAAAAUCGAAAUUGAGCUUCUGAAGGAUGUUGAUCAAUUAAUGUUUGUUGAACGUGGUAUUAGGGGGGGAAUUAGCCAGGCGUCAAAUCGCUAUUGUGAAGCUAACAACAAAUAUAUUGGAGCAGAUUAUGAUCCCGAAAAACCAACAAAUUACUUAUUGUAUUUGGAUGUAAAUAAUUUAUAUGGAUGGGCUAUGAGUCAGGCGCUUCCAUUGUCACAAUUUAAAUGGAAUAUGGACACAUAUUCUAGCGUUGAUGAUAUCCAAACCAAAGUUAUGCAAAUGGCAGAUGAUGCACCAGUUGGUUUCAUUCUAGAAGUUGAUUUAGAAUACCCACAAUAUUUACAUGACUUACAUAAUGAUUAUCCUUUUUGUUGCGAGCAUAUGGAGGUAGGCGAUUCGUCGGAGAAAAGACUUGUUCUUACACUAUACGAUAAGAAAAAUUACAUCAUUCACUAUAGGAUGUUAAAAAUGGCCCUAAAACAUGGACUUAAAUUAAAAAAAGUGCACCGCAUUUUGGAGUUUAAACAAUCACCGUGGUUGAAUGAUUAUAUAAUGUUGAAUACAAAUGAGCGUGCAAAAAGCACGUCUAAGUUCGAAAAAGAUCUUUAUAAAUUGAUUAACAAUGCAGUAUAUGGUAAAACCAUGGAAAAUAUUCGCAAACGUGUAGAUAUAAAAUUAGUGAAUAAAUGGGAUGGACGAUUUGGUAUGCAAACAUUUAUUGCAAGACCAAACUUUAAACGAAGCGUUGUCUUUAAUGAAAAUUUCGCUGCGUGUGAAUUACAACGAUUGAAUAUCUAUAUGAACAAACCUGUGGCUGUGGGUGCUGCGAUAUUAGACAUUUCAAAAUAUAAAAUGUAUGAAUUUCACUAUGAUUUCAUACUACAAUAUUUUAAUUGCAAUCAGUGUAAAUUGCAAUAUAGUGACACUGACAGUUUUCUCUACAGUUUUCAGUGUGAAAAUAUUUACGAUUUUAUUCGAGAGCACAAAGAUAGAUUUGACACAAGUGGUUUUGCAGAAAAUAAUCCGUAUGGCAUUCAACCGUUUAAUAAAAAAGUUCUGGGGGUAAUGAAGGACGAAUAUGAUGGUGAAAUCAUUAAAGAGUCCGUUUGUGUACGUUCAAAAUUAUAUACUAUCAAAUUGAAUGGGAAUAAAAUCGUUAAGAAAGGAAAGGGUGUUAAGAAAAAUGUACUCAAUAAAAAAAUUUCAUUUGAUGACUAUAAGCGCUGCAUCGAUGAACUUUGCGUGGUGGAAAAGGAACAAAUUAUCAUAAAAUCGUAUCAUCAUCGUGUUUAUACGGUAAAAAAUGAGAAAAAGGUGUUGGACCCGAAUGACAAGAAGAGGUUUAUCAUUCCAAACAAAUACAAUACUCUCGCUUUGGGGCAUUAUGGAAUUAAUUCAUACAAAAAUCAAAAUGAAUGA